UAAAAAAAUCUAAACAUGUUCCGAACCGUGAGUGAAAAUGGGAUGGUCGAGGUUGAAAUGGUUACCUCCCCAGUUAAAUGGGUUAUCGCUUCUCGGCCUUUUGGCUAAGACAGCGGUCGCCUCCACUGGGUGGUGAUAGUGUUAGUCUUUGUGACUUGGCUGUUACCACUGCUUCAAGAGGUUCAUUAAUCUUUGUCCCUGGUUGAGAUUUUGACCACAAAUAGUGGAAAAAAUCUCUUCCUUUUAGUUUGUUUUUUAUUGUUGUGUAUUUGUUUUAACCUUUUAUUGUUGUUUUAGUAAAGGUUUUAACCUUCAGCGGGUGGUGCCUCCACCAUGGCGGCUACUCAUGCCGGCAUGCGGAGGCACCACAGCGUUCGCUUCUUAUUUAAUGAAAAAGGUAAAUUAACUGGAAUGUCACGUUUAGAUUUCUCACGGAAACUGAUCCAGCAGGCUUUGAAGUUUCGGCCAGAUGACCUGAACUGUAUCCUUACCCUGCCCUUCAACAAGGGAUACGAUGUGAGCUUUACCAACGGUGACCUAUUAAAAGAGUUUUGGACACGGUAUGAAAAUGUAAAGACCCAGUUUUCAGUAUUUGACGUUGAGAAACUGACUGACAACUCCCUGAAAACGGUGAUUGUCAGGAUGUUCAAUGAAACUGUCAGUGCUGAAGACAUCUGUAUGUGGCUGGGUAGAUACUGCAUGGUGAAGGGCCAGGCUAUGAAUGUGCGGGAUGUGGACGGCAUCUGGAACUGCGCUUGGUGGGUCCCCAUUAAACAGUGGGAAGACCCCCAAGGAUUCCAGGGCCUGAAACAUCUCCCAUCCAUGAUAGUCCUGGGGGAGAACCGAGGCUACAUUCACUAUCAGG